GUGAUCAUAAUUGUAUAAUCUUGACCUUAUUAUAUUUAAUUAAUAAAUAUUUUUAAUUAAUUAGCUAAUACUUGAAUUUUAAAAUUUGACACCUAAAAAUUGAAUUGUGACAGAGUUACCACUUGACUUUUGAUUUUCCCCUAAAAAGUUUAAGGAAAAUGCAGUACUUCUUUUGUUUGCGGCCCACUAGGCCUGAAACAGUGUAAAAGCCUUAUUCUCUGGGCUCAAAAGAUUAAUCAGGCCCAUUGCUAUCUACUAGGGUGUUCAGCCCUAGGGUUUCGCCAUUUUAUAAGAACUGGCGCUACAUUUCAUUUACAGAACUCGAGAGAAAAACCCUAGACCACAAUUCCCAGUGAAGUCAGCCGCAGAAGCAGCUACAAUGGUGAAGUAUUCGAGAGAGCCCGAUAAUGCCACCAAAUCCUGCAAAGCCAGGGGAUCUGAUCUCCGAGUUCAUUUCAAGAAUACCAGGGAGACUGCUCAUGCCAUCAGAAAGCUUCCCUUAACAAAAGCCAAAAGGUACUUGGAGGACGUCUUGGCCCACAAGCAAGCCAUCCCUUUCACUCGCUUUUGUGGAGGUGUUGGGCGAACUGCUCAGGCAAAGAACAGACAUUCUAAUGGACAGGGACGUUGGCCUGUUAAAUCUGCUACUUUCAUCCUGGAUUUAUUGAAGAAUGCCGAAAGUAAUGCUGAGGUUAAAGGCUUGGAUGUGGAUGCACUCUACAUUUCUCACAUUCAGGUGAACCAGGCUCGGAAGCAAAGACGUCGCACAUACCGAGCUCAUGGAAGAAUAAACCCUUAUAUGUCAUCUCCUUGCCAUAUUGAAUUGAUCUUAUCUGAAAAAGAAGAGCCCGUGAAAAAGGAGCCUGAGUCACAGUUGGCAACUAGCAAGUCCAAGAAGGCUUGAGAUUGACCUUGAGAUACUUGAGUUUAAUGGACUAUCAUACAGUGUUUAAGCUUGUUUUGAAGCCUAGUACUUUUGAAUUUUUUAUUGGAGACAAGUUUCUUAAUUUUAAAAGAUACUUCUAUUUUAGUGGAUUCGGAUUUGUCACAUGGUUA